GACAAAAGAGAAGAAAAGUAAAGGAGCUGAAGUCGAGAAGUGAGCAAGCACUUUGGUUCAUGGAAUCGUUUGGGUUUAAAUUGGACUCUAUCAAGAUUGAAGAUCUGGAUGGCAAAGUAACAGAAAUGAACUAUUGUGAGAAUGGUUGCAGUAGUAAGACUAAUUUUCAACAGUUACCAGAGAAUGAUAAGACAACUAUUAGAGCUCUACUAUAUAUUAUGGAUAAGUGUUGUGUGGGCGAUACAGCUUAUCAUGAAAUGUCAAUGCUGGUUGAUGGUCUCCCAAGGAGCUAUUUAAUUAAGCAGUGUAGAAACACACUAAAUUCAAUCAGUCAUAUCACUCGCACACCAGGAAAACACCCAGGGGCUCAGAUGAGUUUUAAAGAAGAACUAAGGGAACAAAUUAGAAAGAAGAUACAGCUUGGAGAUGUUGGAAAGCAAAAGAUCAGGAUUGCAGGUGAUGGUGCAAAAAUGUCCCGCAUAGCUAAUUUUAUUGUGCUGUCAUUUGCUCUCCUUUCUGAUGAAGAAAAAGUAAUGUCUUGGAAAGGCAACCAUAUUGUGGGAAUAGUUUCCGGAAGUGAGGAUUACGACGUACUAAAAGUUUCUUGCAGAGAAAUCUUUGCUGAAAUCAAUGAUCUGGUUGAGCAUGGUGAAAUUGAGGUGGAUGGCCAUCAAAUACCUCUGGAAUUUUAUCUGUCUGGUGAUUAUAAGUUUCUUCUUCUGGUUCUUGGAAUGAACAACGCAAUAUCUGAUUAUGCAUGCAUUUACUGCUUGGUCCACAAAAAUGAAAGGUGGGAUACAUCAAAGUAG